AUGGCCGCCAACCCCCGGAGCGGGACCAAGAGGCUGACCGGCGGCGGCCAUGGGGGCGCCGCGGCCCUCCUCCUCCUCCUCUGCUGCACCGCGUCCAUGGCGCUCACCCCGGACGGGGAGGCGCUGCUGGAGCUGAAGCUGGCCUUCAACGCCACGGCGGGGCAGCGGCUGGGCAGCUGGCGGGCCGCCGACCCCAACCCCUGCGGCUGGGAGGGCGUCUCCUGCUCCUUCCCGGACCUCAGGGUCCAGGCCAUAAAUCUGCCGUAUAUGCAGCUCGGAGGCAUCAUCUCGCCCAGCAUCGGCAGGCUCACCAAGCUGCAGAGACUAGCUCUGCACCAGAACAGCCUGCACGGCCCCAUCCCCGCCGAGAUCAGGAGCUGCACCGAGCUCAGAGCCAUUUACCUGAGAGCCAACUACCUGCAAGGCGGCAUCCCGCCGGGGAUCGGCGACCUCACUCACCUCACCAUCCUGGACCUGUCCAGCAAUCUGCUGCGGGGCGCGAUACCGGCGACGAUCGGGAGCCUAACUCAUCUGCGGUUCCUGAACCUCUCCACCAACUUCUUCUCGGGAGAGAUCCCGAAUGUCGGCGUCCUCGGAACCUUCAAGAGCAGCUCGUAUGUCGGAAAUCUGGAGCUUUGUGGGCUGCCCAUACAGAAAGGUUGCCGCGGAACCCUUGGGUUCCCUGCGGUGCUGCCGCACUCUGACCCCCUCUCCUCCUCUGGUGUUUCUCCAAUCACCAACAAUAACAAAACUUCACACUUUCUGAAUGGUGUUGUGAUCGGUUCAAUGUCAACCAUGGCCGUCGCGCUGGUCGCGGUGCUCGGCUUCCUCUGGGUAUGCUUGCUGUCCAGGAAGAAGAAUGGUGUCAACUAUGAGAAAAUGGACAAGCAAACUGUCCCGGAUGGUGCAAAGCUUGUGACAUACCAAUGGAACCUUCCGUAUUCGUCGGGAGAGAUCAUUAGAAGGCUGGAGCUGCUCGACGAAGAGGAUGUGGUUGGUUGCGGCGGGUUUGGUACGGUGUACAAGAUGGUGAUGGAUGAUGGCACGGCGUUUGCCGUCAAGAGGAUUGACCUCAACCGAGAGAGGCGAGACAAGACUUUCGAGAAGGAGCUCGAGAUCCUGGGCAGCAUUAGGCAUAUCAACCUUGUCAAUCUGCGAGGAUACUGCCGGCUCUCCACGGCCAAACUGCUCAUAUAUGAUUUCAUGGAGCUGGGCAGCUUGGACAGCUACCUCCAUGGUGAUGCGCAGGAGGAUCAGCCAUUGAACUGGAAUGCGCGUAUGAAGAUCGCCCUGGGCUCCGCUCGAGGGCUGGCGUAUUUGCACCACGAUUGCUCACCGGGGAUCGUCCACCGGGACAUCAAAGCAAGCAACAUCCUUCUGGACAGAUGCUUGGAGCCGCGCGUGUCUGAUUUCGGCCUCGCGAGGCUGCUGGUGGACAACGAGACCCAUGUUACCACUGUCGUGGCGGGUACCUUUGGGUACCUAGCACCAGAGUACCUGCAAAACGGGCACUCGACCGAGAAAUCAGACGUGUAUAGCUUCGGGGUGCUUUUGCUGGAGCUGGUGACCGGAAAGCGGCCUACGGAUUCUUGCUUCCUCAACAAGGGCCUCAACAUCGUCGGCUGGCUGAACACGCUGAGCGGGGAGCACCGGCUGGAGGAGAUAUUGGACUCGCGGUCGGGCGACGCGGAGGUGGAGGCGGUGGAGGGGAUCCUGGACAUCGCGGCCAUGUGCACGGACGCGGACCCGGGGCAGCGGCCGUCGAUGGGGGCGGUGCUCAAGAUGCUGGAGGAGGAGAUCCUGUCGCCCUGCCUCAGCGAGCUCUACUACGAGCAGCACCUGGAGCUCUGA